AAUGUCUUUCGGACCUGUUCGAGUUUUAAAAGCUAAUGCACAAGAAGAACGGGGGGAAAUUGCUAGAAUUUCUUCUUUUGUUGGGGCUACGGCAAUUGGGGAUUUAGUUAAAACAACGCUUGGACCUAAAGGGAUGGACAAAAUCUUGGUUAGCGGUUCAGGGGACGGACAAAACGUUCAAGUAACUAAUGAUGGAGCAACUAUUUUAAAAUCUAUUGGAGUUGAUAAUCCUGCAGCAAAAGUGCUUGUUGACAUUUCUUUGACUCAAGACAAAGCUGUAGGUGAUGGAACAACUUCCGUAACAGUUUUUGCUGCUGAACUUUUGAAGGAAGCUGAAACAAUGAUUGGGCAACGAAUUCAUCCUCAAACAAUAAUUUCUGGUUAUCGAAAAGCUUUAAAUGUUGCAAAAGAUGCUCUAAAAAGUGCUGCUUAUACAUCAAAUCAAGAACAAUUACGUGAAGAUUUAAUGAAAAUUGCAAAAACUUCUCUUGGCUCAAAAAUUCUUUCCCAACAUUCUGACCAUUUUGCCAAAUUGGCAGUUGAGGCAGUUCUUCGUUUAAGUGGAAAAGUUUCUCUCGAUUCAAUUCAAGUAAUCAAAAAGUUGGGUGGGUCGAUGGAAGAUUCUUAUUUGGAUGAGGGUUUUUUGUUGGAAAAGAGAGCUGGAAUGUAUCAACCACAACAAAUUACUGACGCGAAAAUUUUGAUUGCAAAUACUCCUAUGGACACUGACAAGAUAAAAGUCUUUGGAAGUCGUAUAAAGGUCGAUUCGAUUGCUAAAAUUGCAGAAUUGGAAUUAGUUGAGAAAGACAAAAUGAAAGAAAAAGUUGAAAAAAUUUGUGCUCAUGGAAUUAAUGUAUUUAUUAAUCGUCAAUUAAUUUACAAUUAUCCUGAACAAUUAUUUGCUGAUAAACAUGUUAUGGCUAUUGAACACGCUGAUUUUGAGGGAAUUGAACGGCUAGCUUUGGUUUUGGGUGGAGAAAUUGUUUCGACUUUUGAUACGCCGACAGAUAUUAAAUUGGGAAGUUGUAAAUUAAUUGAACAAGUUACUAUUGGAGAGGAUAUGUUUUUACGGUUUUCUGGAGUUCCUUUAGGCCAAGCCUGUUCUGUUGUACUUCGUGGGGCUACACAACAAAUUUUAGACGAGGCAGAGCGUUCAUUACACGAUGCACUUUGUGUUUUAACAACUCAUGUUCGUGAUAAACGUGUUGUGCCCGGGGCUGGGGCUUCUGAAAUGUUGACGGCUACAGCAGUUAUGUCAGAAAGUCAAAAGGUUCCCGGUAAAGAAUCUUUAGCAAUGGAAGCAUAUGCUCGUGCUUUAAUUAAAUUACCAACAAUAAUUUGUGACAAUGCUGGUUUGGAUAGUGCUGAAAUUAUUUCUCAUAUUAGAGCAGCACAUGUUAAAGGAAUGCAUAAUAUUGGAAUUGAUGUUGAGAAUGGAACAAUAGCAGAUGUUUUGGAAAUGGGUGUACUUGAAUCCCAUGCAGUAAAAUUGGGAGUUAUUGCAAGUGGAACAGAAGCUGCUGAACAAUUACUUCGUGUUGAUUGCAUAAUUAAAUGUGCACCUCGUCCACGGACCAAAGAUCGUCGUCCGUGUUAA